CGAAGGAAACAAACCCUAAAUCAAAACCACUAUGAUUUCCCCCAUCAUCACUAGCUAAUCUUCAAUCCACCGGCCUUAGAGAUGUUAUAGAUUUACUUUCAGCUAUUAGUUAUGCGGUAUGAUCAUGGUUUCUUCUUCAAUUUCAUCGAUGGUUGUUCUUUUUUUUUUUUUUUUUUGGGUUCCUAUUGAUGCUUUGUUCUUGAGAUCUCGAUGGUGACGCUUAUAUCAUCUCAAUCGAUUGUUGUUAUUCAAUCUGCAACAACCAUUUUCUGGAUCUACCUCAUAAGAUGUUCAAUGGAAUAAAUCUUCAAAUCUACAACAACCAUUUCUGGAUCCAUAUCAAAGAACGUUUGCUGGAUUUAAUGAUCAAUUCGUCGCCUUCUUCAGUUAAUUCGCCAGAUUAUCAACCGACUUCCAAGUUCAGUAGGGAUUCUGUUUCAUGAGAAUCAGUCUUGGGAUCGACUUGUCUCAGCAUCUUAAGGUUUGAUAUGCAUAUGGCUAUAGAUUUUAUUGAAUUAUGUGAAGUCACAAGGUUUCGAAAGGAGCAAUUUGAUUCUGCUAUGUUGAAUGUGAAUACAUGCAGCAGCUCAAUCUUCUUUGCAUAUCCUGCAUAGUUUGCAUCAGCUCCAACAGCAACAACAAUAGACAACAACAACCUUUCCUUAUUUGGAUGCAGAAUGGUUUACUCUCAAUAAAGAUUAAUUCUACAUGUACAAUUGAUGGACUGCAGAUGAACUUAAGGGAGAUGGUUGCUUAAUCUUAUAUCUGACACAACAUCAACCAAUUCAUCAAUUAUAUAUGAGUUUAGUCGACACCGCUUUGGAUUUCCGAAUUUCAGCCACGGAAGAAUGACUCUUCAUCAUCACAAAACCAUGAUCAAGAAGAAUGAACUCUAGUAGACUAUUUUGAGUUCUAAUGCCACAAAUCUAGCUGAAGUAGCUCGGUAACUUUAUGCAUCUCCAUGGGCCGAUGGAUAAUCCACCUCACUUUGCAUCUAUACCUUACAAGCGUAGUGUUUUCCAGUUAAAUUACCCCAGUUAGUUUAAUUGUGUUUGUAGUUUCUUUUGUUUUGUUAUUUCACUUCUUAGAUUAAAUCUGUAAUAUCUUUAUUAGCACUAAUCCAUCAAGGACAAGGCUUAGUUUCUACUCCAAGGCUUAAUUUGAAGUUAUGGAUCAAGUCGGAAAACAAUGGAGUACACAGCUAUCACUCGGGCAGGUUACCCAGCAUCAAGAUACAAAGGCCUUACUAGCAACUUCAAUCAAUUGCAUCGAACGCCUCUACCAACACCUGAGUUUUUAUGGAUACUUUCGUGUCCACCAACAAUGCAACUUUUCUUGUGGAAAGCAUUGACCAAAGGCCUUUCGACCUCCGAUUCCAACAUCCGCCAUCGAUGCAACUCCUAUCUGAAGAUUGCUAUUCUGAUCCAAUAUCAUGUUACAGUUGAUUCAUGAAUUAUCAACUUAAUUGUACUCAAUGAAUCUUGAGGUAUCUUAUACCCUCGCGUAAUAGUUUAUUAGUUAUUUAAUAAAAUACAUGUUUCAAAAAAAAACACGGAGGAUGGAUUUUUUUUUAUAGAAAAAUUGUUACUACUUAACGGGAGAAUCUUAGGAAACCGUUUAUUUGGAAUAUCCACACGAGAAAUCCUUUUUUAAUGCGCACCUAGCGCAUUUUAACUGCCCCUUGACCCUUGUUUAAAAGUACGCUGAAAAAAGAAAACCAUUUUCUUAUCCGUUGAUUUUUAUCAUUCUUCACCUACUCGAGCUUCAGUUUCUAUCUACUACUCCGCCAUGGCAACUUCUUCUGCUUUCUACACUCCUUCCGUUUUUCAGCAAAAAUCAAAUGUUGGUAACCUAAAAAUGGUUUCCCCUAUUAUUACAUCAUCAUCAGUUAAUUUUGCGGGGAAAAGAAGUUUGUUAUCAUCUGGUUGUUCUAGAUAUGCUUCAGGAGGACUUCAAAUCAAACAGAUUUCUAAUGUUAGUACUCCAGUUGUUGGACACAGGAGGAUGGUGUGUACUAAUGCUGUUGCAACUAAUUUACAAGCAGAAGUCACAACUAAGGUAUUCUUUGAUGUAGACAUUGGAGGAGAGCCAGCGGGUAGGAUUGUAAUGGGUUUGUUUGGGAAUGAAGUUCCAAAGACUGUUGACAAUUUUCGCGCUUUGUGCACUGGAGAGAAGGGUUUUGGUUACAAAGGAUGCUCGUUCCAUCGUAUUAUCAAACAAUUCAUGAUUCAGGGUGGGGACUUUACUAAUGGGAAUGGAACUGGAGGAAAAAGCAUUUAUGGGAACAAUUUUGCAGAUGAGAACUUCACCUUAAAGCACGUUGGACAGGGAGUAUUAAGCAUGGCAAAUGCAGGCCCUAAUACCAAUGGGAGCCAGUUUUUCAUUUGCACUGUUAAGACUCCAUGGUUGGACGGCCGCCACGUUGUUUUUGGACAUGUUAUCGACGGCAUGGAUGUCGUCGAGACGCUGGAAUCACAAGAGACUAGCAGAGGAGACACCCCCAAGGUGCCAUGCCGGAUUACCAAUUGUGGAGAGCUGCCAUUAGAUGCUUGAUAUCUCUUUGGCUAAAUUUUGCUUAACUAGGUUUUUUUCUUUAUUUCGAUGUUUAUUAGUUAAAAGCAUCAGUUAAUGAUCACAUUUCAGUUAAGAGUUAAGAAAAUCUUGGGUGAAAAGAGAGAUGUAAUAUCAUUUUGUACUGUAGGCGUUUUAUGGAAUCAUGCACGACUCCACAUACAAAUAAAUCCAAGCAUAUGGUACUGUAUGCAAUUUCUAAGUAA